GGUGCGAACUCUUUGACACAUGUAUCAUUACUUCUUCCUUACAGUAGCCUGUAUCUAGUUAUAUAUAUUAUAAUUAUAAGCUGGUUGGUUCGUUUAUUUCAUUUUUACACAAAUGUGAUUCAAUAUUGAUUUUCAAAGGUAUUUUUUUUAAAUAAACACCGUGCAGUAACUACUAACUGGAAACCCCCCUUCCUCGUUUUGAUUCAUGACGUAUCAAAACUUUACAAAAGAGAAUCCCUAGCUGUCAUAACGGUGAACUUUGGUCAGGUGAAACAACAUGGAUCGACUAAGGGUAUUAUCUGGUCAUGUCAUUAGCAGAAAUCUCCAUGAAUGGCAGAUUGAUCACAACCCGACAGCUGCUAACAACUCGCCAGAAGAUAUAGUCAUUGUGUCAGCUCUUAGAACACCGAUCGGGAAAGCAAAACGGGGAAGCUUUAAGGACACCUACCCAGAUGAUUUACUGGCAGCUGUAUUUAAAGCUGUAAUAGCAGACGUGAAUGUAUCACCAUCAGAUAUUGGAGAUAUAUGCAUAGGAAAUGUGGGUGAUUCAAGGGCAGCUGUUACUGCCAGAUUUGCUCAGUUUUACAGUGGAAUUCCAGAAACCGUCCCAAUCUUCACCACCAACAGACAAUGUUCUUCAGGACUUCAAGCUGUCCUUAAUGUAGCAGGAAGUAUUCGUAAUGGCGUCUGCAAUGUUGGCUUAGCAGGAGGAUUUGAAUCAAUGACCCUACAGAAUAAUAAUACCAAAGAUAUCAACCCUCGAGUUUUUGAAGUGGAAAAGGCAAGAGACUGUCUUAUACCCAUGGGUAUUACAUCAGAAAAUGUUGCAAAAAGAUUUGGUGUUUCCAGAUUAAAACAAGACCAAUUUAGUGUUGAAUCACAGAGAAGGGCAAAUGAAGCUCAGAGAAAUGGCCUAUUUAAAGCAGAGAUUGUUCCAGUAACCACUACAAUAAAGGAUAAAGCUGGAAAUGAACAAACUAUUACCGUGAGUGAUGACUGUCAGUGA